AUGCAGCGACCAAAAGUUUUUUUCAAAAUAGCAAUCAAUGGACAACCUCAAGGUGCCAUUGUUUUCGAGCUCUUUUCUGAUGUUGUACCAAAAACAGCAGAAAAUUUUCGGCAAUUGUGCACUGGUGCACCGGGCUUUGGCUUUCGCGGUUGUCCAUUUCAUCGAAUUAUUCCUGGAUUUAUGGUGCAAGGUGGUGAUUUCGAUUUACGUGACGGAACAGGAGGUCGUAGCAUCUAUGGUGCGAAUUUUCCAGAUGAAAACUUCCGUUUCAAACACGAAGUACCAUUUCUCUUGUCCAUGGCUAAUUCAGGUCCGAAUACAAAUGGUUCACAGUUUUUCAUUACUGUUGCUCCUACACCAUGGCUUGAUAAUAAACAUGUUGUCUUUGGCCGUGUCUUGCAAGGUCAAGAUAUUGUGAAAAAAAUGGAAAGCUGUGGCACGGACGAAGGCACACCAUUAGCGAAUGUUGUCAUUAUGGAUUGUGGUCAAGUAUAG